AUGAUAUCUACCGUGGUAGGGGAGUCUAUACCUCCGAAUACCAAGCAUGCUGUAUCGGUAUGUUUACCGACAUGGGACUCAACUAUUGGAUACGAAGAAGGGGAUCCAAAAGUGGUUAACAGCAUGAGAACUGGAUAUCCGCGAUUCUUCAUCCACAAAUCCAUAAAGAACUUAUGCGAGAGCCUCAAAGCGAAGUUCGCUAAAGAAGAUGAGACGUGCCUAGUUUUUCCUAGCUACCAAGUGGCAAAGAGAUGUCGAGAGUUUGUUAAGGUGAAGGGUGAUCCAGCCACAAGGGUGCGUAUUUUGCAACUAGCAACACCGCCUCCAGCUACAGAGGAGGAGCAUGCAUGGAGACAUGAGUGCAAGGUAUCUGUGGUUUUCGUGCCAACCGAUUGUUUUGGCCUCCUUAAGCAGUAUUGGCAGCAUACCGGAGAGAUAGUUAGCAGCAGGAUGGCGGAAUAUGUGUUGCAAGAACUGGCCGAAGUUGAAAAGAGGGAGAUCAGCCGUAAGUCCACCGCACCUACUGCUGUGAGUGACGCUGCUGGGCUUGAAAAAGAGAAUUCUGCGGAGGAAAUCAAAGGUGAAGAAGAAUUCAUUGAACAGCGCUUUGGCAGGAACCUUGACUUCUCAUACGCAGAUAAAGCCAAAACCUUAGUGAAGAGGAGGAUUGCUCGCAAGGUGGUCGACGUUGAUGAGGAUGAAACCUCUCAAAUGCAGGACUUGACAAUAGAAUCGAGGACGGAUCAGCAUGGGGCUCCCGUUCCAACUAACGGCUCUAGCGUCCCUGCAGAACCCAUCCAACAAGAGACGGCCGGGACUGAAGCUCCUCUAGUGGAGGAAAGAGUUCAUGUUAAUGCUGAUCGUGAUGUCUUCUUAUUUCCCAGCGGAAUGGCUGCGAUUUAUACAGCUCAUAGGCUUCUACUAACAUUGGACUCCAAACGAGUGCGUCGCAGGCAGGCAUCUAUAACAGACCGUCCUAAUAAUGGAUAUACUUCACCUAGUUCCAGAUCAAAUGAUCUGAUUGGAUAUGGCGCGCCAUACAAAAAAACCGUCAUGUUUGGUUUUCCCUACACUGACACGCUAUCAAUACUAAGGAAGUUCAACCACACUCAUUUUUUGGGAGAUGGCGACCAGAAAUCAAUGGACCAGCUGAAGGAUAUACUACACUCUGGGGAGCAAAUUCUAGCCGUAUUCAUGGAAGCACCUUCCAACCCGCUAUUGAAAAUGGGCGACUUGGUAGAACUCAGGGAGCUUGCAAAUGCGUAUGGGUUUUACAUUGUGGUCGAUGAGACUGCUGGUGGAUUUGUCAACAUUGAUGUUCUUCCACAUGCUGAUAUUGUGUGCUCUUCAUUGACUAAAAUUUUUAGCGGAGAUUCCAAUGUUAUGGCAGGUUCUGUUGUGCUUAAUCCAAGGUCACCGCUAUAUCCCUUCGCUCAACAGUUCUUUAGUAGUGAUAGCUUUGAAGACUUGCUUUGGUGCGAAGACGCGAUAUAUUUAGAAAGAAACUCUAGGGAUUUCGCGACCCGUACUUUGACGGUGAACAAAAACACCCAGCGUUUGUUAGAGGAUGUCCUUCUUCCACAGGAGGGCAAGUUGUUCAAGAAGAUAUUUUUCCCCAGCUUGACAUCUGAAGAAACUAAGCGGAACUACGACGUAGUACUGUGCCCGCAGGGUGGUUACGGCGGGCUAUUCUCAUUGACUUUUUACAGAGAAGAACAGGCGCGGGUGUUUUUCGACGUGUUGGAGCUUUGUAAAGGGCCCUCUUUGGGCACCAACUUCACACUAGCCUGCCCAUACGCAAUCUUGGCGCACUACGCAGAGCUUGAAGAGGUGGCUAAGUACGGAGUCGAACGAUCGCUAGUGCGGGUUAGUGUCGGACUUGAAAGUGCCGAGAGCCUCAAUCACGUCUUUUCGCAUGCUAUAAAAGAAGCGCUGAAAGUCGCGUCUUCAUCGCCCUAG